GAUAACUUGCUGAGCAUGCGCAUCUCGGUCUGCUUCUUGAGGAGUUGAGUAAGUAUGCCGGCGAAAAAAGAAAAGAGACCUAUGAGAAACGCCAUGCAGGAUGUUGUCACGCGAGAAUACACGAUCAACGUUCACAAGCGAAUACACGGCAUUGGCUUCAAGAAGCGAGCACCUCGUGCCAUAAAAGAAAUUAAGAAGUUUGCACAAAAGAUGAUGGGCACGUCGGACGUUCGUGUUGACACGCAAUUGAACAAGCAUGUGUGGUCGAAGGGAAUAAGGAAUGUUCCGUACCGAAUACGCGUCAGAUUGGCUCGAAAGCGUAAUGAGGACGAGGACGCACCCGAUCAGUUGUACACUCUGGUGACGCAUGUUGCUGUGGAUACGUUUAAAGGCCUUCAGACAGUGAACGUGGACAGUGAAGAGUAAUGGAGUUGCACAGACUGUUAUUGCGUUGUCGUUUACUGUUUAUACUGCGCCUUUGUGCUUCUAUCGCGAUAAUAAAACAAGGAGUGGAACAGGUCGUGUGUGAGAUUAUCUAUAACAUUUAUG